CAAAAACGCAUCAGAACUGCGUUUACAAGCCAACAGAUGAUGGAGCUGGAACAAGAAUACUCAAGGACUCGUUACUUAGACAGAGCUCGCAGAAUAGAGCUCGCAGAGAUUCUACGCUUGAACGAGCGCACCAUCAAGAUAUGGUUCCAAAACCGCCGUAUGAAGGAAAAGAAGGACAGAGCCGAGAGUCUCGAAGAUUCUGAAGAAGCCAGUACAACUGUAUCCUCUCCCGAAAUGGGCAAUGUUCAAAUGCCAAUGCUUAUCCACGAGCAGUACCCUGGCAUGAAGAACGAUGGUUAUAAUCAGGGCAAUAUUUAUUUAGAACACUAUCCUGCGAUGUCGACUCCUAUUUCGAUGCCAGUUACAAGUUUGAGUACAACGAUGCCUGGUGGUCAGAUUCAGAUUCCAGCGCAGAAUAUCUACGCAUCUUAUAUGGAGGAUGGGUGCCAGCCUCAGUAUCAGGAAGUGCACCUACAGGUGCAGCCUUACCCAUCGCCCUUCAGCGAAGUUCCAGAGUCUUCUUCAGAAACUGCACCCAAAAUAGAAACAGAGGCAACUGAAGUUCCCAGUGACAUUAUCGAAAAGAGUUGGGAUCUGUCGUGGAUUAGGUCUGUGCCGUAUGAAGAAGAAUAUUAA